AUGGGCAUUUUCCCAAUCGAGGAAAAUUUAACAGAAUGGGCAGAUACACAUUCCUUUGCUCCAGUUUUGGUUGUACUCUUAUGUUUGAUUAUUCAAGGAAAACAUGUAUUUGCAGAAUUAUAUGCUAAAUAGGUCUACUUCUAAUAAUUAGUCUAUAGGGUAUAUCCAUAUCUAAUUUUCAGUAGAACAAGUGGACAUGACAAUUUCCCAACAGUUAUUCUUGAGUGA